GAGCAUGCCAACACCCGUCUUACUGUCUCGUGGACUUGACCCGGUGUUAGGCAUUUUCACAGGUUUCUUUGCCUAUUACCUCCACGAGACACAUCCACGCACCGCACCCCCACCGGACAAGCGACUUGCGGCUCUCGUGCAGUGGAAAUGGGCAAAAUGGAAGCGUGAGCGGGAGGAAAAGCUAAAUACACUCGAGAAAGGGGCAGAAGAAUCCUCUAGAGUAGCCAGUUGACAGCUCAGCUCAGUUAGGGUGCAUGCCUGGGAUUUAUGCACUAAUAGCAGUUGCGGUGGAUACUAUCUGCUACGGUUAAAACACGCGCUGCUCGCAGUCUUGCGUUACAACAGAACUAGAGUCCAGAUAUUAUUUCGGCUUGAAAAUGUUUGGUAAAGUGUUUGCAGCUGAGAAUAUGACCUGUGCUGUAAAUGUUAAUGAAUGAUUGAUCAUACGCAUGAAUA